AUGGAGGACUCUGUGGUGCGGCCCUCGGUGUUCGUGGUGGACGGACAGACGGACAUCCCGUUCACGAGGCUGGGGCGCGGUCGCCAGAACCGGACCUGCAGCGCUGCCCGUGUGGGUCUGGGGUUCGUGUUGUUGCUGCUGGCCUCCGGGCUGGCGGUGCAGGGCUGGUUCCUGCUGCAGCUGAAUGGGCGUCUGGAGGAGGUGGGCUCCCGCCUGCCGGUGGGGGAUGCAGCUUCCUGGGAGCAACUAGUUCAAGAUCGAAGGUCCCACCGGACCAACCCAGCUGCACAUCUCACAGGGGCCAACACCAGCUUGGCAGCUAGUAGGGGUCCACUGCUGUGGGAAUCACAACUGGGCCUGGCCUUCCUGAGGGGCCUGGACUACCGCAAUGGGGCCUUGGUGACGUCCCAGGCAGGCUACUAUUACAUCUAUUCCAAGGUGCAGCUGGGAGGCCUGGGAUGCCCACAGGAGCUGUCAGGCAGCCUCUCUGUCACCCACGGCAUCUACAAGCGCACACCCCGCUACCCCAAGGAGUUGGAGCUCCUGGUCAGCCGGAGGUCACCCUGUGGGCGGGGGGUCAACUCUCGCGUUUGGUGGGACAGCAGCUUUCUGGGUGGUGUGGUGCACCUGGAGGCUGGAGAAGAGGUGGUCGUCCGGGUGCCUGAGCAGCGUUUGGUCCGACUCCAUGAUGGCACAAGGUCCUACUUCGGUGCUUUCAUGGUGUGA